GAACAGCGUCCUGAAUGGCGUCGGCGGCGGCCUGUGCGUGGGGGUAAGGUCUUGGGCUGCCGGCCUUCCGGCGCGCGCUGGCUCUCUCAUGCUGCGGGCUGCGGUCGCCACCCUUCGCCCGGAUCUGCGGCGCUGAGGCGUCCGGGCAGCGCGCGACAUGUCGUCGGGCCUCCGCGCCACCGACUUCCCCCGCUGGAAGCGCCACAUCUCGGAGGAGCUGAGGCGCCGGGACCGGCUGCAGAGGCAGGCGUUCGAAGAGAUCAUCCUGCAGUAUAACAAGUUGUUGGAAAAGUCAGAUCUUCAUUCAGUGUUGGCUCAUAAACUGCAAACUGAGAAGCAUGACAUACCAAACAGGCAUGAGAUAAGUCCUGGACAUGAUGGUGCAUGGAAUGAUAGUCAGCUACAAGAAAUGGCCCAGCUGAGAAUUAAACACCAGGAAGAACUGACAGAAUUACACAAGAAACGUGGGGAGUUAGCUCAGUUGGUGAUUGACCUGAAUAACCAAAUGCAGCAGAAGGAUAAGGAGAUGCAGAUGAACGAAGCAAAAAUUGCAGAAUGUCUGCAGACUAUCUCAGACCUGGAGAUGGAAUGCCAAGAGCUCCGUGGUAAGCUUCAGGAUCUCGAAAGAGCCAACCAGACACUGAAGGAUGAAUACGAUGCCCUGCAGAUCACGUUUACUGCCUUGGAGGAGAAACUGAGGAAGACAACUGAAGAAAACCAGGACUUGGUCACCAGGUGGAUGGCAGAGAAAGCCCAGGAAGCGAAUCGCUUAAAUGCAGAGAAUGAAAAGGAUUCAAGGAGGCGGCAAGCCCGGCUGCAGAAAGAGCUUGCAGAAGCAGCAAAGGAACCUCUUCCGAUUGAACAGGAUGAUGACAUUGAAGUCAUUUUGGAUGAGACCUCUGAUCAUCCUGAGGAGACCUCCCCCGUGCGAGCCAUCAGCAGAGCAGCCACUAAGCGACUCUCGCAGCCUGCUGGAGGCCUUCUGGAUUCUAUCACUAAUAUCUUUGGUUUGUCCGAGUCUCCCCUUUUGGGACAUCACUCUUCUUCUGAUGCUGCCAGGAGGCGCUCUGUCUCUUCCUUUCCAGUUCCCCAGGACAAUGUGGAUCCUCAUCCUGGUUCUAGCAAAGAAGUGAGAGUACCAACUACUGCAGUAUUUGUCUUUGAUGCACAUGAUGGAGAAGUGAACGCUGUGCAGUUCAGUCCCGGGUCCCGGUUACUGGCAACUGGAGGCAUGGAUCGGAGGGUUAAACUUUGGGAAGUGAUUGGAGACAAAUCUGAGUUCAAGGGUUCCCUGUCUGGCAGUAAUGCAGGAAUUACAAGCAUUGAAUUUGAUAGUGCUGGAUCUUACCUCUUAGCAUCUUCAAAUGAUUUUGCAAGCAGAAUCUGGACUGUGGAUGAUUAUCGGUUACGGCACACCCUCACGGGGCACAGUGGGAAAGUGCUGUCUGCCAAGUUCCUGCUGGACAAUGCACGUAUUGUUUCCGGAAGCCAUGACCGGACCCUCAAACUCUGGGAUCUACGCAGCAAAGUCUGCAUAAAAACAGUGUUUGCAGGAUCCAGUUGCAAUGAUAUUGUCUGCACAGAGCAAUGUGUAAUGAGUGGGCAUUUUGACAAGAAAAUUCGUUUUUGGGACAUACGGUCAGAGAGUAUAGUCCGAGAGAUGGAGCUGCUGGGAAAGAUUACUGCCCUGGACUUAAACCCAGAAAGAACUGAGCUCCUAAGCUGCUCCCGGGAUGACCUACUAAAAAUUAUUGAUCUACGGAUAAAUGCUGUUAAGCAGACAUUUAGUGCACCAGGAUUCAAGUGUGGCUCCGACUGGACCCGAGUUGUAUUCAGCCCUGAUGGCAGUUACGUGGCAGCAGGCUCAGCUGAGGGCUCCCUCUACAUUUGGAGUGUGCUUACAGGGAAAGUGGAGAGGGUCCUUUCAAAGCACCACAGCUCUUCGAUCAAUGCAGUGGCGUGGUCCCCCGCCGGGUCUCACGUUAUCAGCGUGGACAAAGGAAACAAAGCUGUGCUAUGGUCGGUGUAUUGAGCGACAUUCAGUAUGAGGAGCCCUUCAGGCACCCGCCUCAGGAGAGAGCUGAUCCAAAGCCGGGGAGGAAAUGGACUCCCUCGGUGGCGCAUGGUCAGGUGGCUUGUCAGGGCAGAGCUUUGACUUCCUGGGGAAGAGCUCAAGUGAUGCAGCCUGGUGGCUUUCCUUUGGAUAGGAUUGCUGGAAAUUUGGACUGAGGUCUCCAGUGGCCUGAAAGAGUUAACACUGAAAACAAAUCUAACACUGCGGGCCCUCAGCAGAGGUUGGAGGGGAAACACUAGUAGCUUGGAUCUUCCAUACCUCACUGGGUGACGCACAAAGCACCCGCUGGUUUUUCCCACUGGACAGCAGUGCCAAAGACACCCGCCCUGCCUGGUGUUCCUUCGCCUGUGCUUUCUCCCGUCCUUCCAGAGUUGGUUCUGGCCUAGUGUAGGUCCCAUCACCUGCCUACAGGAAGCACAGAUGCAGGGAAUAUUCUGAGCUUGAAGGAGUUGAUGGGCCUGCAGUCCUCUCUGGUGGUCUGCCCCUCUCGCAGGGCUCUUGUUUUGCUCUUAUCUUCUUACUUCUGAAAUUUCCUUAGGUUUCUCAAACUGUUCUUGGAAAGACAACUGUUCUUAAGAGCUUCUGACCUCCUUUUACCUCAGCAUCCUACAUAUCUGUUUAAGACAUAAAUCUCAAUUUGUUUAAAAAAAAAAAUGAGAUCAGGGCAGAAGUGAAGACUCUUGCCAGGGAAGUGGGUGUGCACGUUCCCUAGAGGGGGGUGCAUGCCACCUUUGCAGGUUUGGUUAAAUGGCGGUUACCAGUGACAGGGAAUUUGGGGCCACAGCUGUACUACUCUGGAGCUGGUGAUACCAGCCUCUGCCCCUCUGCCCGGCACACAGGCAGCGCCCCUCGGUGCUUUAGUGCACAGGGCUCUCCUGGGAGUGUGGGGACGCAGCAUCUUCCAGUUUCAAAUGCUGGGAUAAACCCUGAGGGAACGUUGGCCUAUGGCACUUAAAAAUAUUUACCUGUACCAUCUUACCUGUGUAUGAAAUUUGAGUUCUUUGCUUGGGUGUCUAAAACACUCAUGCUUUUAUCACUUUUUAAUUUGCACUUUAAUUUUUUCUUUUCCUUCCAAACUUGUUUUCUGGACAGUUCAGGAUGUGAGUGAAAGAGGAAGGAUGCUUGUUCUUUUCCUCUGGUAGGGGUUGGUCUCCUCUCUCACUCUUUUCCCUUGUCUUCAUCUCCCCUUUUUGGUUUGCUGUUCAGACAACUUGGUUAAGGGGAGUUGAGAUUCACAGGUCGGGGCACGUCUUUUAUUUAUUCAUUUAUGUUGCCCAACAGUACUUGAUUGUAAAUUUAAAAAGAGAAAAAAAAUCUGUUAUAUACUUUUCA